AGUACUUUGUGGGAGGCAAACAGCACCAUAUCCACUUAAGAGAUUCUUCGUACAAGGUUUUGAGAGAAAUCGAAAACAACAGUUGAGAAUCAUGAAAGUCAGAUUGUUCCUUGGUGUUUUGCUAUUACUAGACCUUUUAAGUUCCUGUUAUUUUUAUAAGUCAAAUACUUUGCCUGAUAUAGAAGACGCACAGUUUAUUAAGGAGUGCGUGAAUGCUCAUAACAACUUUCGGUCCAAGGUGAAUCCACCAGCCAGAAACAUGCUUCACAUGUCCUGGGACGCUGCUUUAGCUAAGAGUGCCAAAGCAUGGGCAAAGCGAUGCCACUUUGAUCAUAAUGUCUACCUUAAAAUACCAGGAAAAGUGCACCCUAACUUCACUCCAGUUGGAGAAAACAUCUGGACUGGCUCUCUCUCUCUCUUCUCUGUGAGUGCAGCUAUCCGCAAAUGGUAUAAUGAAGUCACAGACUACAAUUUUGAGACCCUCUAUUGUGCAAGGAUGUGUGGCCAUUACACCCAGGUUGUUUGGGCCACAAGUUACAAAGUUGGCUGUGCAGUUCAGUUCUGUCCUAGAGUUACAGGUUUCAAAGGACUCACCGAUGGAGCACAUUUUGUUUGCAACUAUGCCCCAGCUGGGAAUUAUCCAACACAGCCUUAUAAAACAGGAGCAGCAUGUAGUGACUGCAAUGGUGAAAAGUGUGUGGACAAGCUCUGUGAAAAUCCAGAACGUGAGACAUUGAAAAGUUACUCCAGUUGGUAUCCAGACUGGGACAUACCUCCACACCCCAACCCCUCCGGUGCUCCACACCCCAACCCCUCCGGUGCACCACGCCCCAACCCCUCCGGUGCUCCACGCCCCAACCCUCCACGCUCCUCAUGUGACCAAUACUGUAUUACUGUUUUAGUAGUAAGGUUACUGUUUGUGUUACUGAUUUUUGGUGCUGUCUUACUAGUGCAAUGGCAGUAUCCCCAGAUAUUUAUAUAUGAGUAAUCUCCAUUUGCCUCCUAUUGUCAGUGUACAUAAGCAUUAGUACCAGCCAGUUUUCCUGGGCUGCUCAUAGUUGUUUGGGACGAGGAGGAGGAGGAGGAGGAGGUGUGCAUGUUAACUAUUCAAUCAAAGCCAGAGAUUUUGUACCUCUCUGCACCCCAGGCGUACCUCUUCGUUGUCCAUUCUUUUCCCUAAGAAACACCUGAGAACUUAAGGCCAGAAGGUGGCAGCUUUAGACAUUUCACUAUAACUGCCUUCUCCUAACCAUCACCAUUGUCAAGUAAUGAUGUCCCUUAAACACAUCAUGAGAAUCACCCCAGUUUGCUGCUCCAGGCCAAUGGGGGCUGCGGGAAGCGGCAUGGCCAAGGGACAUACUGGCCACCACUUCCAGCAGCUCCCACUGGCCCAGAACUGCGAACCACGGCCAGAGGGAGCUGUGAUCGGCUGAACCUGCCAGCGGGGCAGGUAAACAAACCAGCCCAGCCCGCCAGGGGCUUUCCCUACACAAGCAGCAUCCCAAGUUUGGGAAACACUGGGUUAUAGAAUAAUGGGAACUCCCCUCUUACCUUCUAUUUCUGCCCCCAAGCUGUUUUUCCAUACAUAAGGUUUUAAUAAAUGUCAGCACUGCCAUGAGGCUCUUGUCUUGCUCACUUGGCAGCCUCUGCUCAGUCACUCUGGUGCUGCUUCCAGAAGUGUUGAUUCAGCACAAGGGCACAAGUGGGACUGCAGCAGAGGUAGGACAGAGAGAGGCCUUAAAAGACUUAUUACCGAUGGGUUGGAUUUGACAUUAAACUAGCAACGAGCUUGGAUUAAAAUAACCCCCCAAGUCCCUGCAGUUCUAGUUGAGGGGGUGGGGACAGGGAAAGAGCAGGAGAGGUAUCUAUUUAAUACACAAACACUGAAUUACAUACCAAAUGGGCUAUACAUGACAUUACUCACCUAAAAUGUAAGCCACCACAUUGCAAGCCCAGUGUUCUUUUGUGAUACCAGACUAGACUUAAUGGUCUUAUAUUAGGACUCUGGCAAUGGCCCAUAUCCAAUUAUUUACAGAAAAAUAACCCAUUAUGCGCCUGGCUGAUUGUGCAAUGCUUUAUCCCAAGAGAAAAAUUCCUCCCUGGCCCCCAAGGCAAUCAGAUCGAGCUCUGUAGUAUGACAUUUGGCUGCACUUCUCAUGCUGAGCUACGGUACAAGUAUUCUCAAGGAUCAUAAAAUUAAUGAUAGUCAGUAUUGCCCUUCAAAAAUAUAGAUACAGCUAAAGCAUUGUUCUGUUAACUGUCUGCAGCAGGGAAAUGCAGAGUUUGAUAUUACCCUGAAAAAAGGAAUAUUUCUUUUUUAUUGGCUGUAAAUGGAUUCUUCGCCAGUCAGAGAGAAAACCAAGGUUCAUGGUGGAGUCUCUAUCACUGACAAUUUUUAAAUCAAGAUUGAGUGUUUUUCUAAAAGUUGUGUUCUGGGAAUUAUUUUGGGGAGUUCUAUGGUUGGCUGUUUUAUAUGGGAGGUCCCAAUGAUCUCUUCUCACCUUGGACUCUAUGAAUCCAUUGAAGAUACUCAUGAAUUGUUACUGCUACAUCUCUGAAAUAAGAAUGACAAUCACACAGCUACAAAAACAGUUUAGUUGUGUUUGUCAUAUAUUGCUUUUGUAUAUAAUAAAGAAAAUCU